AUGACCGCAGAGUUACCCAAAGGACCUACGCUGGGAAUGCGGCAUGUCCAGGUGUUGCUUAUCUUUCUGGAUAUCACCGCCAUCUAUAUGGUUCGCCUCAAUGCAGGAGUCUGUGUGGUGGCCAUGACAAAUUCCGAGACUACCAAUCCCAAUUUUCCGGAAUACGAUUGGACUGAAUUGGAGAAAUCGUAUAUAUUAUCGAGUUUUUUUUGGGGUUACAUUUUUACACAAUUCGCUGGUGGCUAUCUGUGCAAAAAAUUUGGUGUGAAAGUUGUCAUGUUCUGGGGUACUUUUGGAUCAGGAGUCUUUAGUGCUCUAACGCCUUUGUUCAUUGGCUUUGGCGGCUGGCAGGCUUACUGUGGCAUCAGAGUCCUACUUGGUGCUGCUCAAGGUGUGAUCUUUCCGUGCAUUCAUCAGCAUUUGGCACGAUGGUCGCCACCAAAAGAACGCAAUCGUUUAGGUGCUCUGAGUCACACGGGAAUCGAGUGUGGCAAUGUUUGUGCCAUGUUUGUAAGCGGCAUGAUAGCUAAGAGCGCCAUUGGCUGGCCAGGCAUAUCAUAUGUCUCAGCUGGUGUGGCCUUUACUUGGUGUCUGCUGUGGUACAUUUUUGCAGCAAACAAUGCCACCGAAUCGCGUUUCAUUAGCAAUGCGGAGAGAGAUUACAUCGAGGGUUCAUUAAAGCAUAACGAAAGUUAUCAUAAAACUGUUCUAAAGAUCCCUUGGUAUGCCAUUUUGACAUCAAAACCCUUCAUAGCCCUUCUCAUUGCACGUUGUGCUGAGAACUGGGGCUUGAGUACAUUGCAGGCGGAAAUUCCAUCGUAUAUGAACGGUGUCCUUGGUAUGGAUAUCAAGAGUAAUGCCUUCUUUUCGGCAUUGCCCUUCUUGGCCAUGUGGCUAAUGUCAUAUGUGUAUUUAUUAUCGGCGGAUAUAUUGCUCAGUAAGGAGUUGCUAUCAUUGACUGCUCUGCGAAAGACCUUCAACUCACUUGCUUGCUGGAUACCAAGUGCCACCUUAAUUGGAAUCGGUUUUCUGGAUGCCGAUCAAAAGACUCUCGCCAUUAUCCUGAUGACCAUCAGUGUGGGUGUGAAUAGUGGUGCGACAAUUGGUAGUUCACUCAAUACCAUCGAUCUAUCUCCAAAUCAUGCCAGCAUAUUGAUGGGUAUUGUGAAUACAGCAGCGAAUAUUGUUCCCAUUGCAACGCCAUUGACCGUGGGAGUUAUUGUGGACGAAAACGAAAAUCGUUCGCAAUGGCAAAUCGUAUUCAUAAUAUCAGCUGUGAUAUUCUUUGUGGGAAAUUGCGUCUACUUGGCCUUUGGCACAGCGGAAUGUCAGGAAUGGGACGCAGACGAUUAUUUAUUGCCAAAAGAACCAGAACUGGCAACAAAAUCCGCUAAAAAUGAAACACUCAAUGAAAAAAAGGCACCCGCUACACUUGAUUUCACUAGAUAGUACUACAAGUCGUGUGUGUAUAUACCAGAACAAAGCAAAAAACAAAAAAAAACACUCUUUGAAGAGGUAA